AUGCAGCAGACGCCGGAGAAACGAUCAAGCGACCUGCGGAUAUGGAUCGUCUCCUCUCUCUUUUUCCUAUUCAUACUGUCCGGCGGGACGUUCUUGGGGAUGUACAUCACCCACCCCGAGACAACAGACAAUGGAUGGUACCCAAUCGCCGGCAUGGUUCUCGUCGCCAUCCCAUGGUUUUUCUGGUUCAUGACAUUUGUGUACAGAUGCUGUAUAAAAGAGGAGAUCAAGAAACGGGUCGGAGCAUUACAGGCCACGAACGGUGGUGGAGCCGGCCCUGCCGCUGGUGCGACAGCAUCCGGAGCUGAUCCAACGGUUGAAGAUUCUCUAGAUGAUGCUUGGCGAGUUGGGGUGGAGCCCCCAGGAAAUGAGGGUCCGGACCGGGGUGAGGGGAUGGAGAAGGGUAGGGACUCACAUGAUUCUUCUCGUACCUCACGUGAGAGUGAAAUGCCAUUAAAUGUCACCAUGUCAGCUUGA